UGGUUUCGGUUUUCACACGCUAUUAUCGGUUUUGACUUUAUCGCGUAAUUAAAUCGCGGGAAAUUAAGUCGUGGUAGAAAGCCAGACCUCCUCCACGUGAACCUCAAUCCCAACGACAAUGACACACUUCCUGAUCAAAAGCCAUAUCACUCGUUAGAGAGCCAUAUCACGACUCAUUACAGUCUCGUGCACAUCAGUUAGCGCGUAUCGAAAUUUGAUUGUCUGGACCACUUUCAGAGGACGGUGCAGGACUGAACUCAUCCUGAACAAGAUUCUUGUAGGUACUUUUGAUCUCCGUAGUUGAAGUUGCGUUGAACAAAUAUCUGCAUGAUACUCACACAGGCUAACAAUGACUCUGGGACAAGAAGAUACCACUCUUUUUCCUAGCACGUUCGACUUUUCUGCAGACUCACGAGCGGGCAUAGCGCUGCCAUUGCUAGACUGUUUUCCUAACAACGAUCGCAACUCCAACUUCUGAAGUUUGCGAACAAGGCAGCCAAAAAAAAGUACUACGAUCCUCCACUUCAUUGCCCACUUCUCCUAGGACCAGAGAUUCAUCAAUUCUGGACCCCGCAUAGUACUAUAGUACACCAGCAUUCUGCAUUUUCAUCUGGAAGAUCAUGCCCCAAGAGGAACAACGGCAUUUCGAGAAAACGAAAACAUGUCGAAGAACAUCGCAGGCGAGGACUGGCCGCAGUUCGAACAAAUCCAUCACUCAGAUGAUCAAAAGGGGGGUGAUUAUCAGAUCAACUCAGCUGGAGGGGUACUGAUUAUGCUGAAGACCCUAAACCCUAAACCCUAACCCUAGGAAUGACUGUUGGAUCCAUGCGGCCCGACUGUUGGAUCCAUGCGGCCCCACUAAUAUAGACCCCUUCCCAAAACAAUUGUAAGACAUACCCCUGGAUUGGGUUUACUACUACUACGACUACUACUAGACCCAACCGCUCAGGGAAGACCUUGUUAUUGAUGAUUUGAUUGAUGGAUUCAUUUGUUGAGCGCAGCCAUACGUGUACCAGAACAAUGGAUCCUGGGCACCAUUAAAUUAAUAUGCGGUAGGGUCUCUCUGUUGGUAGGUAACGGGCAACAAGGGCGAAGCCUUGAGCCAAAAUGGCUACGGAAUAGGAGUAGAAAUGACUGUUGGAUCCAUGCCAUAGAAGCAAAGGUGAUUGAAUAUCUCAAGCUCCAUAAAUCUGUAUCUUUUCUCCUCUUCUUCGCGUGCAGGAUGAAUAUUAACCUGACUACCUUGCCUGCUCUUCUUCCUCUAAGAACUUAGAAAACGGUAGAGGCGAUGUGACUCGUGAUCGCGCUCACGCUACGCAGCAAUUCGACGAGGAUAAGGAGGACCUCUAUUUACCCGGACACGAGACGAUUUCAUCCUCUCCAACUAGUCCUCCCCCAUAUCAAAUAUUAACGCCAGCGGCCAACAUAGUUAUGCUGUGACGCUCUCUAGCGAGAAACAAAGGAUACAUAACUUGAUUAAUAACAGGAGUCUGUCUGCACAUCAGAUCUUGGUGCGUCGAGAUUCAUUGCAUUGCAUAAUCAAUCCCAUCGUCUUCUUCCUUUCUUUAUUCCUUACCUUGUCGUAUUAUAGAGUGAACAUAAGCUGAAGGAAGUUCAAGGAAAAUCUCUAAUUUUUGGAAUGCCACUGGUGGUGCGUCAAAUAAAACGAAAAAAGAAGCGAACUUCUAUGGUGACUACGACUCGAGCGACCAAGACCUUCGGGAAAGCGAUUUUUACUAUUAUGCCAUACAGACACUCUAGCGUAUAGCCCUUCCAACAAGCUAUUAUGCCAUACAGACACGUCCAGCAUUUUUGGAUGUUGAGAGGCUCUACAUGCGUCCAUCUGUGAUAUGAGAUGGAUCCUACGCUAUCAUACUAGAAGACGUUCUUCUCAGUUCAACCGAAUUGCUUCGUGUUCUUGACGGAUGUCAAGAGGCCUUUCUCCUCCUCUAAUGAUUUGAGCAGCAGAAGGCGCCAGCACCAAGCAAGACGCUCAUCGAUGGGUUCUGGGACGCUGUGGCGUGGACCCAGGACGCCACCCCUGAUGACAGUGACGACGAGACCCUUCUCCCGGGAAAUGCCGGAAACGGUACUCAAGGAUACACUUAUCUUAUGUUGCUAUCUUGGAGCGUACUAUCUGAGCCUACAGCCUUCUGAUAUCCUAUUCAUAGCGUGGUCCCAUCCUAUCCGUGGCCUAUCCUAUCUUAUCGUAUCCUAUCGUAUCCUAUGGCGUCCGAUCUUGUCCAACCGUUGCAGGUGGUGUUCGACAGAGCAGGUUUAAUUCGGGCGCGGGACCGACGGUGAACCCAAGGGCUAUCUUAUUCGUCGUGUUUGCAGCGAUAGCAAUCAUCUUAAGGCCUUUUUUUUCCGAAAAUGGUGGCAGAGGUAGAACAAGAACAUGAUUUUUAACAUCUUCGAAUACUAGAAGCAGGUACUUAACUUGCGAGAUGAACAACUCCUCGUAGAUGAUGAGCCGGAGCCCACUCCUGUCCCAUUCAAUUUCUUUGAACUGGUGUCAUAGAACAACAUCAACAUCUGCGAAUACUAGAAGGUAGUAGAAGGUUCUAGACUCUUUGUCAUCUUAGAAGAGGGUACCUACUGGAUGAAGAACAUGUUAAGUGAGAAGAACAAUACUAGGUAGAGGGUACUAGAUGCUGCAGAGCAGGAGUAUGGUCUUUUAUAACCCAGGCACCAUUGCUAGGGGUUUUAAUGCAGCAAUGAAUGAGCUGCACCCUUGUAGUAGUUGUGACCAAUACUAGAAGGUUCUAGCAGUACAGAUGUAGUUGUAAUGGAGACCCCUUGUAGCUUGUAGAACCCUUGUCUACCGUAUUGUGAUGCCCUCUGAGGGUAGUUGUAGAACCAAUCACCUCGUAAUGAAAAUCCACCACCUCUAAUUCGUAGCAGCGUGUCGCUGUUCAUCUUUGUUGCCUGCAUCACCCUUGGUGGACCCUAUGCGAAUUAUGGCAUGAUCACUCUUUGAACAGCCUAACUAAGUUGUACAUACCACGCACACUGUAGUAGAAAGAUGAAACAACAAGUCUUCUGGAUGAUGUAGGUUUUUACGUUUUUCAGAUCUUUUCUUGAUUGGGCGAAAAAAGUAGGCGACAGCAGCAGUGUAGUAUGAACAACUAGUGUUCUUGUAUCAACAAAUUUGGUUGAGUAGUGUUGUUACUGGGGAGGUAGCAUCAAAGUUACAAUCAGUCGAUAGGAAUCCUGUCCGGAGCACUAGCUAUGUAGCGAUUGAGAGCCGAAUUUGUGUGCUCUUGCAUUUGGACUUCACCCCAUCAUUGGGUUUACCACUAGUACUGUCCUGUGGCGAUGCAGGGGUUGAUUUCUAAGAACCAGGAGACUCGUCGAAGGGUGGGUCGGAAAAUGGAGGCGCAGACAAAAAAGCAACUGCAACCCCUACGGGAAAAACGAGCGCAUACAAAAAAGCAACUGGAACCCCUACGGGAAAAACGAGAAGAAGAAAAAAAAGAGGGAAAAAGCCAGCAAAACAAGUGGCUGCCGCCGAAAAGCCAGCAGAGGAACCGAAGGCCGUCGAAAAGCCAGCAGAAAAGAGCGGAGCGACCGCGCCGGCUGCAAAUGCAGGAAAGGCUAGUGCAGCAGCGGCAGAGGCUAGUGCAAAAGCAGGAAAGGCUAGUGGAAAAGCAGCAAAGGCUAGUGCAGAAUCGGCAAAGGCUAGUGGAAAACCAGGAAAGGCUAGUGCAAAAGCGGCACAAAAAACAGAGUUAAGGAAACGAAGGAAGUUGUUUUUGUAUCUACCUAUCCUUUCAACACUAUCGCUAUAGUUUGCUCUAAGCAUCCUCCAUGCUAUCGUUGCCUCUUUUUUUACGUGAGUGAAGAAUAAUUUGAAUUUGGUACGAGUCACUUUUGCGAUCCAUCUACUAUCCACUUUAGCGAGUCCUCUAUACAGCGAUAAUUCCUAUACAGCUUGAACGAUCAAAAGUCAAAUGACGGAUUUAAUGUGUAUCUGUUUUUCGCAAAUUAAGUUAUAUGUCGCUCAUGCGUCAAAAGAUACGUCCAGAACAGGUAAAUGAAUGAAUGAAUGAAUGAGUACUUUUGAAGUGCGGUAGCGCUAAUGAUACCUCCUGCAGACGAUGAUGUGGAUGAGGGAAGCAAAAGUACGUCUGCGUUCCUGCAAACUAGUACUGGUGAUGUGGUGAAGACGUAUCGCGACCACAUCACCAGCGAUCGUGAGGCAGGCAGGAGUGGAGGAGAGGGAGCAGGUGCCACUACUGAAGACUCAGAACCGCAGUUAUGGUCGUUGAAGAGUAGUUUCUCCAUCACUUUACUGCAGCAUCCCUCCUAAUUAUUAGGGUUAACAGUAGUUUCUCCAUCACUUUAUUGCAGCAUCCCUCCUAAUUAUUAGGGUUAACAACUCCUAAUUAUGUUAGUGCAGGAUAUUUGUAGUAAGUUCGUUGGAAAUAUGACGAACUGGCCGUGGUCGAGGGUGCAGCAGAAUGUUGAAUCUAAUAUGCCAGGUAAGGAAAUAUCGCGGCUUGCGAGGCCUUGUUACCAAGGGUAAAAAGGAGAGCCUUCUCCAGAUCGAAGUUGCAAUGACCGCUACGCCGGGAGAAGCAUGGCCCGAAGUUGCCACAGCCGCCUCAUUAUGACCUUUGAUUUCCAUCUGGAAGUUCAUGAUAUAAUGUAUUGAAUAUUUAGAAGUAUGUAAAAGUAUCAGUCUGUGCUGGGUCCUCUUGAUAUGAUUAGAUGACUACAGGAAGCGUAGGUAUAUCGUCUGUCUAUCUACCUUUCUCUCUAUCUAUCUAUCUUUCUAUCUAUCUUUCUAUCUAUCCUCCUCUCAAUCUACCUCUCUAUCUCUUUCUCUCAAUCUAUCUCUCUUUCUCUCAAUCUAUCUUUCUAUCUCUUUCUCUCAAUCUAUCUCUCUUUCUCUCAAUCUAUCUUUCUAUCUCUUUCUCUCAAUCUAUCUCUCUUUCUCUCAAUCUAUCUUUCUAUCUCUUUCUCUCAAUCUAUCUCUCUUUCUCUGAAUCUAUCUCUCUUUCUCUCAAUCUAUCUCUCUUUCUCUCAAUCUAUCUCUCUUUCUCUGAGCAUGUCGUAUCUAAUCUAUCUAUUUUCCUCUGAAUCUAUCUAGUAUCUAUUUUUCUCUGAAUCUGUUUGUUCUAUUUUUGUUUCUAAAGAGUGCCUCUGCCUCUGAUGACGCUGGAGACCGGUAUGACGUGGAUGACGCGUGGGAUGAGCGGUCUGCGGCGUGGGACCACACUUUGGCGUGAGGAGAUACAUAUUGAGGAAAAGGGCCAGUUAGAUAUAGCCUGAACGGCUAUAGGUAAACAAGCAGGAUUAAAUAAGUUGUACUGCUUUUUUUCUCAAGAAGAGAAAGAGUUUCUUGAAAUCUAAGGCCAAUGAAAUUGUUCGAUUAAAUGCACAAGCAGGUUGCAUGAUCGAAUGGACGUAUCCAAGAUAGAACCAAAACGUAGUACUUAGAAUAAAUCAUCAAAAAGGUGAUUCAGAUUCUAUAGCCAAAAAUAUAGCCAAAAAGUGCCAUGAUGUAUAUUACCUUUGAUUGGCACUGAAAAGUUUGUGAUUACCUUACGUACCUCCACAUGUACGACACAUAGUUCAAAUCUGUCGCCCAAUGUACAACUAAGUACAGCUAGUACAAAAAUACUGUAAUUUAUUUUCUCGAAUCUUCGGCCUCUGAUCUUAUAAUCUGUCGUCUGUCCUCCAAGUGGAUGAUGUCACUUACGUUGAAUCUUAUUGAUCUAUCAUUAACAUUAUCGAAUUUCCUAACAACUGACUGUCACAUAAAAUUGUUUAUUCACUCGUACAAUUUGUAUUGGACGCAUCAUUUUUAUUUGGCUACGUUAUAGGAUACUUGUUAUCGUCCUUCCAUCAUUUGAGAAGGGGGAGGCAAGUUCUUCAUAUUCUUCAGAUCUUCCAAGACCAUUCAGACUUACGCGUCACCCCGAUGGGAAAUGAAGAUUCUCUCGUAAUAACUACAUGUAUUUGCCUUGCAAACCAUUCACACCGGUCAUGCAAAU